AUGACUUCUGUUCUCCCCGCACCGAUCAUAGACGUCAACUCAUCCGCCCUGUCUUUCGCGCGAUCGAGCCCAACCAUGACCGAGGUCCAGGAACCGACGCCGCCCCAGAACUCCCAUCAGGAGGAUGAUCCCCAGCGAGGUCGUCGCCGGAGUCGUUCUGCCGACAAGGAUAUCGAUGGCAAUGAUAGUGACCAGGCUGGCGAUGGUGACACGAAGAAUGGAAACUCGUCAAACUCGGAUGGGCCCGUGAGGAAGCGGAGGAGAAGUCGCAAGGGCUUGGAUAAGAAAUUCGAAUGCCCAACUGAAGGAUGCGGCAAGAGUUAUUCGAGGGCCGAGCACCUCUAUCGACAUCAAUUGAACCAUUCCCCGAAACAGAUAUACAGAUGCGACUUUCAGGAUUGCAAGCGCCAGUUCGUCCGACUCGACUUGUGCAACCGUCAUAAGGACCGCCAUACUGCAAAGGGGUCUGCGCUGAAUCGAAAAGAUUCCUUGAUCAGCCAGACCUCUCCCGUCGACAACGUAAGAGCUCCGUACCCUACGCCCAGUGCCGUUUCUCCCGAUUCCGAUAGGCUUGGACCAAGCCCUUAUACUCAAGGACGCGGAGCUCACUAUGAAUAUCAGUCACCAAAAGAUUCCAUCGGCACACCUUAUACCCCGAUAGCAAAUACGCCGCCUGCCGCUUUUUCUCACGGCGGUCCUCCAAAUGGUGUCGAUGGUUACAUUCACCAAGAUUCACCUUAUGCCGCUUCCCAUACUGCGCGGCUUCCUCACCACUCCCCUUCUGGUCCUCCGCGGCCUUCAGUUCAUCCUAAUGUAGGCGCUCCUUAUGGCGUUUUAUCGCCGGUCUCGACACAGCAUGGAAAUUACCAUGGUCAACUUACAAGUAACCCCCAAUCUGCUUCGACGAUACCGUACGUCACUCAGCAAAACCUGACACCCUUCACUUUACCACCUUCAGAUUUCCCCACGUCCGCUAGCAUACCGAGGGAACCCGGACAAGCUUACGCACCGCAAAACCCUAACGAUUACAAUGAUCAUUCUCACUCCCAGUCGAAUGGUGAGAUGGUCUUAUUGGAUCAGAUGGCAACGCAAACCACACUCCCUGUUUUCGGCAGCGAUGGCGUUUUAAAUAAAUCGCCAUAUGUUGCCAUCCCGGAAGACUUCUUCGCCUACCUAUUUAAUACUAACGAUCCUAGCGGUUCACCCCAAGUGGGCCACGUGAUGCCACAAAAUCAAUAUGCAAAUUAUGCGGAGCAACAAUACGGUAGCAUGUCGUAUUAUGGGACUGAUAGUGCGUCCCUCGGUUACUUCCCGCCAUCUAACCAACAGGUCAUGGCGGUGACAAAUCUGCUUGACCCGAAUCUCCCAGAGUCUCUUUUAUCUGAAGAGAAGAGCCAGGAGAUUUUCGACUUUAUUAAGGAAAGGUUUCAUGAGAACGACCACGCGCCAGUCGAGCGCCAGCGUGAGAGUAUUCUGGAUGGCGACAGAAGUGAUGAGAACCACAUGUUGAGCCGGAAGAUGAUGCAGCAAUAUAUAGGCUCUUAUUGGGUUCACUUCAGCGAUCAAAUACCUAUCCUUCACAAACCGACGUUCUCGCCAGACAAGACGCCGAAUUUGUUGCUAAUAGCCGUGAUGGCGAUAGGUGCCGCUUGUUUGGAUAGAACGCAUGGGCCGAAAGUCAUUAGAGCUGGAUCCCAGCUAUCUAACUUCCUGGCGUGGCAUCUGAGGUGGGAAAUAUUUAUGGACGUUAAUUGUCGGCCGCCAGCAAAAAUUUGGGCCUUCCAGACGUUACUCCUGCUGGAACUCUACGAGAAAAUGUACUCGACUAGAGAACUGCACGAACGAGCCCAUAUCCACCAUGCGACUACGAUUACGCUCAUGCGAAGAGGAAGGUCACUAAUAGGGAAGUCUGCUCUUGAUUCACCACCAAAUCCACGAGACGAGAAAGCGAAUAGUUCCCGGCAUUCCUCUACAUCGGGGCUUGCGCAUACGCCGGACGAAUGGUGGAAUCAUUGGAUCACAAACGAGACGACGCGACGUGCUGCGUUUGCGGCGUUUCUUAUCGAUUCGAUUCAUGCUACGAUGUUUGGUCAUUCAACAGUGAUGGUAGCGCACGAAAUGCGCUUACCCCUCCCUUGCGAUGAUUCAUUAUGGAAGGCUACGAGCGGAGCUGAGGUUGGUAGGAUAGAGGCGAAUCUUAUGUCUAAUGGCAUCAAGCCCAUCUCGUUCCUCGAAGGGCUCAAACGAACCCUCGCUGGGCAGGAAGUCCAGACGAAUCCUUUCGGCCGGCAGAUUCUUAUGGCGGGCUUGCUAAGCGUCAGCUGGCAUAUGAACCAACGAGAUCUCCAAGUGAGCUCGCUCGGUGGCGGCGUACAACAAGCUCUUGGCGGCCGGGACAAAUGGCGGUCAACACUCACGAAAGCGUUUGACUCGUGGAAGACGGACUUCGAUAAGUCGUUGCAACGUGCCGAUACGAUGGUCGAUCCGUAUAGCUACGACAAGCGGAGCGAGGCCAACGUGGUGUUCGAAAGUCGAACAGUACUACACCAUUUAGCGCACAUGGCCAUGCACGUGGAUAUCGUUGACUGCCAGAUUUUCGCCCGAGCAAAACGCCUCCUUGGCAGAGCCAUUGGAUCGCAGGAUCUGAGCAGCGCGCAACGUAGGAUGAAAGAUCUCUGGGCACCCUCAGCGAAAGCUCGCGAUGCCACGUUUUAUGCUGCCAAAUUUUUAUGUUCGGUAUUGCUCCAUGAAAGUAUGACUCCAUCUCCGGAUGAAUAUAACCGCCAGACAGGAGUUAUUACCUAUCUAGCCAGAGAUGAUGUCUUAUUAAAUCGACCUUGGGUGCUUUACUUUGCGGCCUUGGUUGUGUGGUGCUAUGGCUUCGCGUUAGAGGGACCUUGUCCUGGAACACCGAUCCCAAGCAAUCCACACGACAAAAUGAGCCAGAUGCGCGAGUACCUGUUAAGAGUUGGCUCGGUCUCAUCCCCGGAAGAUCUGAAAGGUAUGAGGGGCGUUAACAAUAAUAGUGCUCUGCUCGUGGUCCUUAAAGACUCGUUCGAAUCGACACGGUGGGAACUACUACACGAAGGAGCGACAUUACUGAGGAAUUGUAUCCAGCUCAACAGCGGCGGAAGCGUGGUAUAG